CACUGUGUUCCGGUGGCUGUUUGUCUUAUUAAAUGGACAUCGAUCGGAUGCAGCGCCGUGGAGGAACUAUAGAGGAGCAAAGCCCAUGGGGGUAAUGAGACUCACAUCUCGCUCUAAACUGAAGCGGCGGUACUAGCAUUGAGGUAUCAUAUAAACACCAAAACACGGCGGGUGGGGCAUUUUCGGCCUGCCUUUCCCCGCCAUCUUCACCGUCUGCGCCAUUUUUCAUCCACUCGCUUUGUCGUCCGUCAUCAUGAACCACCACGUUGCGGCCCGUGCCCAUCCCCUGCUUACCCAGAUCCGGAAUCUCCUCAUGGACGACCGCGUGAUGGUGCGCCUACCUCACUCGAACAUCUGGGUCGCGGGCGUUGUAGUGUCCGUGCUGCAGUACUUCAACGCUAUUCGCAGCGACGGGUAUCGGAUCGAGUAUAGCUCCAGAGGCGGGUGGCAUGUCGAGCUCUUCCCUGCCUCCCCCGAUCAUAUCCUACCGGCCACGCGUGGGCCUCCGCCUGCUCACGCAGACGACCGUAGUGCUGGAUCAGCAAGACGUCAGGCCUAUUGAGAGAAUUGGUUCAUGACGGACCUAGUUCAACGUUAAAUCGGCGCGGUGACUCUG